AUGGAUGAAUCUGUGUAUGUACGGCGGCUGUUCGAGCAUGCACGCGAUCAGGAGCAUAUCCGUGAGAAGCUCCAAAUCAGUGACGAGAAAGCCAAGACAGCAGUUUUCCGUGUGCACGUGCCCUUCGUGGUGGACAAGUGGUACGACCUCGACUCCCGGCAGAAGGAGACUUUGGCCAGGUUGAAGAUGAAGCGAGACCAGCUGAGUACUCUUCAGGCGGAGCUGCACCAGCACUGUCUCUGCCGGUGCUCUCCGCGUCUCCGUAUAUGGUGGUUAUCUAGACAAGUCCGGCGGCUUGAGCGGAAGACACAAGAUCUGAAGCACGAGCUGGACGACAUGGAGCUGUCUGCCAAGCGAAUGAGUGGCAGUGCCUUUGUAACCUUCCAGGAACGCAAGUACAAAGCGACUUUGCUUGAAGACAUACCGUCUUGCUGGAAGUUCCAUUCCUACGCGUAUUUCAACUUCGGCCAGCUGCCCUUCUCCUCUGUUACGUUGAGGUGUCGGCGGGCACCCCAUCCAGCCGACGUUCUUUGGGAGAAUUUGCAUAUCCCCUACUACAAGAGGCUCUUGAUUGAUAUUCUGCGUCAGUGGGUUGAUGUAUGCGGUCUCUCGGACGAAGCUGGAAGCAUGUCAGGGGUCUGCUGGCAGCUGCACUUGAUUGAUGCCAGUUUUCCUCCUCUCCGCUGCGUGCAAAGGAACUUCGGAAAGGCUCCCACGUUCUCCGUCACGCUGUGGAGCAGCGCCUUGGCGUAUUCCUUCCGGACAUCCUCCCGACAGGGGUGGCGUUUGGCGCUGGAUGUCGAUGCAGCUACCAACCAUGGCCGCACGUCCGAAGCCUUGCCAAUUUACCAGUCGCUUUACUCGCAGCCACACUCUGUCCAAGGUGGAGGUGAACCAGCUGCUGAUGAACUACGUGUUUCUCGUUUUGAAUCAGCUUCUGAUCCCAUUGCUCGGCCUCACCGGUAUCCCGGCUCUCCUGGAGUUUCUGGAGGUGAAGCUUGCAGAUCACACACAGGACAUCUCGGUGCUGCAGCUGCUGGACGGAAGCAUGUUCAGUUCGCCUGGCCUUUUCUAUGUGCGCUACUUGCUGAACUGCACCUUCCUGACCAACACCAACAGCCUACUGAAUCUCAGUCAGCUUGUUGUUCGGUGGCUGCUAUCGCAACCCGAACCGUGGAUCUUUGCUUGGGGAUACUGGUAUGCCUUCACCCUUGCCAUUCUGACCACAGCCGUGAACCUCGGCGUGCUCAUGCCCUCGCUGCUACCCUGUGGUGCCCUGUUCUUCGCGAUGAAGUACAGUCCUUCGGUUGCAAGGUGAGCAGAAAGAUGGGGUCAAAGUUCCGGAGGAGAACAUCCCCCGAUCCACGGCGCUAA